AUGCCCAAACAACGGAAAAUUAAGCUGAAACCGGGAGAGCUCACCAGAAUUAAUCGAGCAUUGCAAAAUCCAGCAAUUCAAGUUGAUGUCAGGUAAAACAAAUGUUUUAUGGAAAAAUCUAGAAAAGUUCUAAAAAAAAUUAUCUCCCCAAAAUAUUUACCUAAGACUUCAGACCUUCUAAUUAUUUUUCAUAGCGAACAUCGCUUUACUCAUCUUUUCUUUUUCACUCGUCCCAACAACAAUAAAAGAGGCGCAUUCUCAGUGCUCAGCGCUGUUUGCCCAGUGGCCGACCGGCGUGUUGUAUUCCCCUUUAUUACACCCACACCCACCAUCUGUUCGAAUACAACAAUCCGUUUCGUCCGCUGGGUGCGCAGAGUUUAUCCGCGCAUGUCGAUUUACGCAGCUGUUUUGUUCGUCUAAUUCGCUCAAAAAAACCAAUAUAAUGCACUAUUCGCACUGUUAAAAAACAAAAUGAUGACUCUCGAUAGGAAAAAUUCGCUGCAUACGAGGAACGCCGACAACAACCGGCCGUUUGUGAAGUUACGGAGCAAGUGAGUGAAAAUUUCCAUGUUUCCACAAUUUUUCAAUCAAUUUUUCAGGAUGUCUGCCGCGGAUCUUCGCAGAAAUCCAAAUAACAUCUUGGUGUUGAGCCAAUUGCCAACCGAAGGGAACGGACAAGACGUGGACCCUGCGUUGGCAAAGAAGGUAAUCAAUAAGUGUUACACCCACAUAUCUGACAUCUUCUUUCUAUUGCAGGAGGAUUUCACGGAGCCGGUACCUCCAACUGACGUGGAAGGACUCUUGGAACAACGCAGAACCUGCCUUCUUUACUCGAUCUCGUCUCCAAAGUCUUCCAAGUCGUGAGUUUUGAUCUGAGAGGCUGCCAGACCAGGAAAACGUUUCAGAAUUGUCGAGUACGUGUCAGACGACGUGGAAGUGAAGACUAUUCGUCAAGACGGGCUCUUCAAUUAUAACUACACAACAGUCCCCAGGUACGAGUCAGGAACCUUAUUUCAGAAACCUUUUUCCACAUAACUUGCUUACAGAAUUAGAAACAAUGUCCGUGACAUCUGUGCGUUCUACAGUGAUGAUUUCUCAGUCAUCAAUAGAAAGUGGGUUUGGUUCAAAAAGUUCUAUGAAACUAUGUACUCUACUUUCAGAAACGCACAAUUUGGAACCGAAUCCACCAAAGAACGCUGGGACAUGGAGAAAUUGACCGCCCUUCGUUAUUUCCGUCCACAGAUGUUCAAUAACGGAAUUCGAGUCGUGUAUAGAGAUCCGAGCACGGUUUCUAUGGAUGACACAAUUAUCGAGAUCACUGAUCCGAAAAAGUCCGCAUCCGAACAGUUUCAUGGUUUGCGAAGGCCAAUGUAACGCUACGGCAAACUAAAAUUGCAGUUUCAUCGCUGAAGAAGUCUGCCAUCGACAAGAACACCCUGCUCUACUCUAUGCUCGCCAAAAACCGUAUUAAUCAUUUCAUGAACUGCAUCAAUGUAGAGGAGAAACCGUGGAAGUGGGAGAAGAGAGGAGUUCCGAGCAUUCCAGAACCAGAAGAAUCACCGAAACUUUUUGUCAAAGUGGAAAAGGUAAUAGAAAAAGAUGAAUAGAAUUUCACUAGAGCUCUCUGUAUUUAGGCCAGUGUCACUCCGUUCAUCGAACCGCUCUUUGUGUCGAUGGCAAUCUACGACCUCUACGCAAAACAGAAAGUCACUGAGUCGGUGUACUUCAACAUUGUUGAUGAUGACAAGAUGGACAUGCUCGGAGCUAAUCAGCCCAACUUCAUCAACAAGUACAUAAAAUCCGGUGUGACACUCUUGUGACCCAAUUUUCUUUCAGAAACUUACAAGCGCUGUUCAACAUCACAGGCAACUUGUCGGACAUGUUUCUGGUCGUCAAAGUUGACAAAGUGCUUCAACAAGUGGAUGUGUUCAGUGGAAGCGAGCCGUACACAGGAACUAAAGAUGAGAAGUAUCUGGAGAAGAUGAGAGUGACGGCGGAGUAUUUCUGCCAGAAACUUGGUAACAAUCGCUAGUUGACUUUCCAAAAAACUCAACACUUUGCACUUCAGGUUCCUACCGGACUCCUCUCGGAUUCCAAGUGAUCGACCUUCAACGCAUCUCCUGCUCCACUGUCAACUCCCAGGGUUCGGAUAAAAAGACGGAUACGAUGACCGCCUCACAGUGUACCGUCAACACUGGUAUUGUGCUAACGCGUAAGUUCCUAUUUGAAAUUUUGGUACUAAUACCCGGGCCGACCAACGAGAAGUGACAACAAGUGGUUUUGUUUCAGCUGCCGGACAAAUACCGGAGGACCGCGUCAGUAUCACGAGUGCGGACAGAUCAUCGGUGUCAUCCGUGCAAAAUGCUCUUCGUCGGAUGGGCAGCGCGACUUCCACGUCAGCCAUGUUCAAAAUUGUACGCACGCCGUUGACAAAAAGGAAAUUUGCAAACGGUGAGCACGUUUGCUUCUCACUCAAAUUCACACAGACAUAUUCAGCCGACGCAGUCUUGCCUGCCAGUAAGGAUAUUCGUGAAUCUCUAGACGAAAUGCCGUCCUGCAAUGUGAACAUCAGCACGUUUUUCCGAUUGGAGAAUGACAAGACAUCGGAAGAUGAAAUUUACAAAGUUUGUCAAGAAAGUCGCAGAAAUCACGGAAAAGUGAACAGAAAGGUGUUCAAUCUUGAAUUGGAGUUGACAAUAUCGGGUACACGAUAUCUUGAAAAUGACAAAGCUGAACGAAUUCCUUUAGGUUCCCACAAAAGCAAAGAGUAUAGACAGCACGGAAGCGAUUUGACCCUCAGCAAAGACAUUGCCAUCCACGAGGCGGUUGAGAUUGCGAAAUAUAAGCACACUUUGAACAAGUCGUACAAGAACAUGUUGUUCAUCUAUCCGAAAGAAAUUGCCCUUUCAAACAAAAUUGAAAAGGGUAGAAACCUGAUGAUCAAAGUAUGAACAACUGUAAAUUUUGACGUGUUCAUCAAAAUGUUUUAGAUGGAAGUUCUUAACAAAAACGGAGAAGCGCAAGCGGUAUUCGUGGAGCAAGGCGGUACGGCAAAUCUGCUGAAAUCGGUCAAAACGUCUGUUCUCUACCACAGCAAGUAAGAUUUGUCGUAGAGAGUGCUCAUAAAACGUUCAAACUUUCCAGAAAUCCACAUUUCACCGACGAAAUCAAGGUUAUGCUGCCAUGCGACUUGCGUCCAGGCCAUCAUGUUCUUCUCACAAUCUUCCACGUUCCUUGCAAAGAUGGAAAGUUCACAGAAACUGUUGUGGGAUACACAGUAAGUUGCAAUUUAAAAUGCUCCUUAUAUUUAACAUCACCAUCUUCAGUGGAUGCCUCUCAUCCAAAGCGGAUCGCUUUUGAGCGGCGACUUACAGUUGCCGGUCGUGUUCCGAAAACCGAGGGACAUCUUACCAAGCUACGGAUUGUAUUACCCUCACAACUCAAUUGCACAUGAGGAAUUUAACAAUUCAUUUGUGUACUGCUCAGCGAGAGUGAUUACGACUGUUCAUCCUCAAGAUGGUCAUCUGAUUGAAUUCUUGAACGGAGUCGCGAGUCUGAGUUUGUAUCACAAAUUGCCAAUUAUCGAAGAAAAACUGAUAAAGGCAAUCAAUGUGAGACAAUUUGCAGAGAAACCGAAUCUGUUUUCCUUUCUUUUCAGAAUCUCCUAAUGGCCGAGCCGGCUAAGCUCAUCGAAUUUGCUCAUUUCAUCCUAAGCCGCCUCCUCUUUCUGAUCGCGAAUCCACCGUACACGGAUGUGUUGUCGAUGAAAGCAUUCGAGUGCCUAUGUAACGUUUUCAAAGUCUUCUCGAAAAUGCUGGAUUCGGACAUCGAUUUGCACAACCGCAGCAUGAUUCUGGCUUCGUUUAUCAAGUAUCGCAAGAUUGCAGCGCAAGGUGAGAGAAAUAAUAAGAAUCCGUGUCUUACAAGUUGUUUCAGAAUCGAAGCCGCAUUCCAGUCUCCGCAAUAAAACGAAGCAAAUUGAUGGUGAUCAGAGGUUGAACACCAGUGACAACACUCUUUUGAACAGUGUGAUUGAACACGUGGAACGAACUCCGUCUUCCACAAAUGUUACCGUCACAAAUGUGAGACUUCAUGAGAGCAUUCUCGAGAUUUGGCUGCGGGCGAGUGGAAAUGUGAGAGAAGACGCGAUAGUUCACUGUUGGUUCUUCUUGGAAGUCUUGGUGAGUUGAAAACCCACUACUUUUCUCAUCGCCAGAGUAUGUGUGUUCAGUUGAAAUCCUGCUCGGAGCACUUGACUAUGACCGGACGAAUUCAUUCAUCGCGAAAAACUCGAUUUGAAGAAGGAUUCCUGAAGAAUGUGGAAACGCUUGUCGCUCUUCUCGCUCAAGAAGUUUGCAAUCGUGUCGAGAAGGAAUUCGAGAACGCCAGACAAAUUUCGAACUCCCUCGGAUACUUCUUGAGGGAUUGCUUCUCUAUCAUGGAUCGGACAUUUGUGAUGAAACUGAUUCACACGUAUGCGGCUGCGUUGUCAGAGAAAUCAAAGUGAGUGCUGUGCCGCGGUUCUGCGUAAUCUUGCUGUUUUCAGAUCGUUGAAAGAGCAGUCGAAUUGCAAUAAACUACUGUCCAUCAAGAUUGAGUUCGUAAGAGUCGUCUGUUCUUAUGAACACUACCUGAUUGUGAACAUUCUGACUGAUGUGGAGCCGCCAGUCGAAGGUGCGCCCACAGGGGCCACCCCUCCCCUGUCCUCCCUGGUCGGAAGCAGACACAAAAAGUAAUUGAGCCCGAUAUCAAUUGAAUCAAAACUAUGUAUUUUUAUUUCAGGAACACAGCUGCAAGCUGGAUUCUGACUGACACUUCGAGAUCAACGCAUUACCUCUCUGGCCUGGUGCUAACCAAUGUUAACGACGCGAUCACAUCCGGAAGCGCUAUAAUCUGCGCAAAGUAUGUUGAAAACAAAAACAAGCUCGACGCCGCCUGAAGCAAAUAUCAACAUCUUAGAAAUCGCAACGAUGACAACAAUUUUUCACAUUUUCAGAGCAAUCGAAACACUUAAAGAGCUACUACAAUCGCACGAAUUGGACAGCCGAAUUGCUGACGGAGAGUCUGCUGCGCAAGUGGCGAACAUCUACAAGCCAUUCGUUGGAAUCGUGCUCGACAACAUGGAUUGUCUUUUCUCGGAUCCUAUGCGAAACUCCGUCGACGUUGCAUCCAUCGUCUCCGCCGAGCAGGCGGCGAAACAAGAAGUCAAACUGCAAAUGGACUUGUCCACGACCAAAAAGGCGUUAUGCUGCAUGUACUGGGUGCUCAACCACAUCUACCGUACGGAUUUACAAGACUGGCUGAGAGCAUUCGACGAGCAACACAUGUUGAAGUUACUGUAUCUCCUUCAAUACACAAUGUCAACUUUUGAGAUAAAGGACGAACGAGACGUAGUUUCCAAGGUUUGUAAAGUGUCGAAUGUAAUUGAAGACAAUUUCCAAAUAUUCAGUGCUCUUCCGACAGGACAUCUCUCACUAAACUCGAUGAGGAACCAGAAGCAGGGGAGGUCAAGUGGAGACCUGUCAGUGUGGAUACGCAGCCCGGAUAUCUUUUAUCCGCAUUCGAACCGAUAUCUUGUGAUGCCGCCGUCUCUUGUGAGGUGUUCAUGUGCGUUGUCGAGAUAAUCGAUCACAUCAUCGAGUUGUCCAUCGAAUCUAAGAAUCCUCAAUUUCCAAUUUUGAGAAAUGUGCUCUUCAUAAUUGUAAGUUAUUUGAAUACCACAAAUUUGCAGACUUGCAGACGGCCGAUUUGUGCCAAUCGUGAAAUUCUCCGGCCGGUCGCGGCAAGCACCAACGUGGUCCAAAAUUUUGUAUGAAAGUGGCAAAUCGCAACGAUCGCAACACUGACACUCAUUUUUUUCAACUUUACCGCACGCGUUUCUAUAUUUUUCUCGAAAAAAUUGAUUCAAAGUGAAGCAUCCGGGCCGAGCCGGACUAGCUUCAUGCAUAUUGAAAAUUUGGAGAAAAGCACAAUCUUGUUCAGAUGCACGGACUCUCCUGCAACGUCUCCGACCAAGCCCUCGAAGUGCUUUUUGCUGUUCAACAGAGCUUUUUCACAAAGUUCCCCGCGAUGAUUCUGAAUCAAAAGCCGGAUUUAUGUAAAGAACUCUUGCUAAAGAUUCUGCGUCAUUGCUCUACGACGAAACUGGAGAGCGUUAGAACGAUGGCGAGCAUCAGCUUGUACCAUUAUCUUCGAGAAAACUUUAAACGCUAUAAGAAUCUGACUAGAGCCCGCGCGUUUCUGUCAACUGCGCUGUCCGAAGUUCUUUCCAGUCUUUCUGACGACAAGUUCAAUGUCAACGACGAGCUUAUGGUCAAAAGUCUGGAGGUUCGCUACUUUCUUUUGCUCAUUCCCAUGAAAUUGAUUCAGAUUGUCAACCGGCUUGCCGCCGAAGACGACACGUUUGAAACAGGAACUCGAACGACAUUAACGAAACAAGUGAAAGAACUGAACGCAAUCAUGAAGAAAAUCAUGCAGAGCACGGUGCGUUUGCGGGAACACGUCGGCGACUACGAGAUGUCAGUAGAUUUGAUGUGUCUUCUGGUGGAAGGCUACUCUAACAACCCGGACCUCAGGUAAUCAUUAUCAAAUGAGCAUUUUAAAAUGUCACAAAUAUUUCAUUUCAGACUCACGUGGCUGAUGCACAUUGCAAAGACUCACGAGGGAAGAAAUAUGCCUUGUGAAGCAGCCCACACAUAUAUUCAGGCUUGUGCUCUUUUCUUUGAGUAUCAAGACCAGCAGAAAAAAAGCAUAUUUGGGUCAAAGGGCGGAGCCAUACUUUCCCAAAUUACUUCGAACGCAAUAAAAGAAUCCAUCGCGAAUUUUGAUUCGCUCAGAGAGUGAGUAUGAAGCGGUCUUAUUUGACUGGUUAUUCAAAACAAUCUUGUUUUCAGUGAAGAGACCGGUCAAAUCCAGUCGCACCAGUUCUCAGAAAAUAGUUUUCUUGAAAUUCUAAAUAAAUCUUUCGAUUACCUGGAAGAGGCUAAACUGUAUGAGGUCAUGUACGAUUUUUCGCAGGUGAGUACGGUGCAGGUUUGUUCAUUACUCAACCAUCAUCAUUGCAGAUACUUAUCGAAUAUUAUUACAAGAAAAACAUUAUGGGGAAAGUAGAGGGCAUCUUCGCACGUGUGACCAACGCUAUGGGUCAAAUGAAAGAGGGCGAUCCAUUCUACGAGAGUCAAUCGGACGCCUGGAUGUCGCCGAUGCCAGGAAUCGAGAAACGCUGCUUUGGCGUCUACUUUCGUGUAGCGUUUUUUGGAAAUUUGUUUCAAAGUCUGAAUAACCAAGAAUAUGUGUACAAAGUAAGCAACAGAAACUUUGCAGUUUAAUCGAUCAACUUUUCAGGAGCCAGCGUUUGCAAAAUUGCAUGAGGUGGCGGGCAGAUUAGAAGGGUUCUACACAAAAAUGUUUGGUGAAGACAAGCUGAUCAUAUUAAAAGAUUCCAAAGAAGUGGACAUUAGCACGUUGAAGCCUGACAAAGCAUACGUCCAAAUUACGUUUGUUGACGUCUUCUUGUCCAAUGACGAGAAGAUGGAACGUCAAAAGCACUUCGAGAGACGGAACAACGUCAAUCGAUUUUAUUUCGAAACACCGUACACCAGACAGGGCGAGGCCCGAGGAGAUAUCGCAUCGCAGUGCAAAAAGAGAACUAUUUUGACUGUCGAAAAUUUGUGAGUCUCCCACUAACUAUUCCAAACAAUUCUGCUUUUCUUACAGCUUCCCCUACAUAAAAACGCGUCUCCCGGUGAUCAGCCAAACCGUCGUGGACCUAUCCCCGAUUGAAGUCGCCAUCGAUGAUAUUGACAAGAAGACUUGUGAGCUGGCAGCGGCUAUCAUGCGCAAAAACGUGAAAAUUCUGACGAUGCUGGUGCAAGGCGCGAUGGGAACGACCGUGAAUCAGGGUCCAUUGCAAGUAGGCUAAUUAACACGUAAAGUUGUAUCGUUCCGCCAAUUAUGAGCAAAGUUUUUGUAAUAUUUUCAAUUUUAUGGAAAUUUUCCGACAAAAUCAAGGCUUGCUGGACCGGGCCCGUUGUUCCUCACAAGUUUGUUUUUGUUUCAGAUUGCAAAUGUGUUCCUCAUGGAGCCAAUGACGAAUGAGCGAGGCCGACCGAUCGAUCCUCUGCAAAACCGAUUGCGCCUCUCGUUUAUCCAUCUACAGAGCCGAGUUCGGGAAGCCAUUGAGCUUUUGCGCAAGUUGGUCGGAGAGGAGCAUAAAGAUUAUCAAGAGAGUAUGGAGAGUAAUUUUGAAACAUUUGUGACCGAGCUGAAGCCAAAACUGUCUAGACCCAAAGAUGAUAUCACAAUUUCCGAAUUCGGUGAUCCGACGAUUGUAUAAAAAGAAAAAACUAUCCCUUCCUUCCCCGCCCCUCUCUCAAUUAACCUCUCUUUCACUUUAAGCUUUAUGUUGUACGACUUUACCACCAACCACCACACAAAAAUCUCGUUUCUCGUUUUUUUUUCUUCCUUCAUUGUAAAAUUCGGAUCCACACAUGAUACUUGUAUUUGCCGCCCAUCCCAACUGUAAGAACAUUUGUUUGUCAGAAUGAAAAAGCGUUUAUGAUUGAUCAAAAUGAUGUGGAAAGUCACACGCACACACACACACACAAACUGCCUUGUUGGAAGACGGUGGUGUGGUGUGAUAAACUUUUACGAGCGCCUCCUGUGCCCGUGGCGCUCUAGUCACAUGCUCGCUCCGAUUGACGUUCUCCUGUUUGUUUGCACUUUGCCUUGCCUUAAACCUUUUUCUGAUAAUGUUACAUCAAACCCGGACACACAAAUAAUCCCGUCCCGUGUUCCUGGAUCGUCCAACGAACACCUGUGACUCGGAUUUUGUUUGCUCCUCACCAACAAACACCCCCGAGAUUUUCUCUCUUCGGCUUUUUGAGCUGAUUGAGAAGAGCAACCUUAUGAAUCAGUUGUCAGGUGUACUUCUCUUGUUAUGCUCCGCAUUUUUCAUCUUGAAACGUUUCUCUGAGCGGUGAGAACGUGAAAAACGGGUGAACACAUGACAGGAUCCCUUUUUGCAAGUUGCGGUGCUUCCUCUUUUUCUCCAGAUUUUCUUCUCUUCCACGUCCCGCAAAUUGUCUUCUUAUCAGUGGCUGAUGUGCCCGGUGCCCCGCGUUUUACUUUACACAAGACAAAACGAAAAGAACGGGAUUUUUUGUGCGAGAAACGUUUCGUUUGAAACCCGAAGCCAUCCUUCUAGGCUUCUCCGUCUUUUUCUAUAUCACCUUCUCUUUUCGUUUUCUGCUUUCUUUGCGACUCAAAAAUCACGAUUGAUAUGAAGCGGGGUAUUGAAAGACUGACAAGAAUAGAAUAGGUUCGCUUUCUCCUUCUCCAUUAUCAGUGCGCAGUAUUUUGUUUACGCUCCGGCCAACAUCUGAUUGUUUCUUUUUGUCCCAACGACCUUUCCUUUGUCCUUCUCCGAUUAAUUCCUCCCUUGCACUUCCCGAUUAGAACGCUGUGAAUGAAUCAUUGCAACAUUUCUCCCAGCCGACACGCCCACUUCCUCCCCCCGAGACGCACUGGUCUCGACUGGAAAACUUUUUCGAAAUCGAAAUCAAAAUCGUCUGAUCGCCUCCUUGAACUUUCUGAUGUAAACGCACCUCGCUCUGCCAAAUAAUUUCUGCAAAAGUGUUGUUUUCGCCCGUAUCACUCCCAUGACCAACAAGUUUCGUGCGCAUUCCCUGUCGGCGCACUUGAAAGUUCUCUCCGCUUAUUGCCGCCAAAAAAAAAAUCCGAAACCGAAGCCGUCGCUCUCUUUGAGAGAGUGAUACUAUUGAAAAAACAGUGUCAUGCGAUAAAAUCUCACCGCCGGCGUCGACCCCAGGCCCUCGGCCGUCGAUGACCUUCUUCCUCCUUCAGUGGCGAGCGCUCACGGCCAGACUCACACUCUUCGAUUGCGCGUGCGUAGUGGGCGCUCGUUCACCUUAUUGCGAGCGUGCGGCGCACGCAGAAACAAGCGCGAAAUUUUAGCAUUCGUGGUGGCGGCCCCCCCCGCUUUGCCCGGCCGGCCCGAUCAUCGACGACGGCGAUCGACGCAGGCCACGUUGAUGCAUGUGAAAAUCAAUGUUAUUUCCGUUUUUCUCUCGGUUUCUAUCAAUAUCGUAUUUGGGCCCCGCGGGUUGCUGCUUGCCACCUCCCUUUCUUCCUUUCUCUCGAUCGACUCCACUUCUCCUUGUUAUUUCGAUUUCUACAACCCCCUCCCCUCCUCUUCUUUCUCGAUUGACCGUGUUAUCAUUUCAUUUCUGCCAUCCGAACUCUACUAACUCUGCUGCUUUCAGGGGGAAUGGCGGAUAUUGCGACCAAAAUCCCAGAUGCAAGUAGGUUCCCUUUCGCGGCAGAGUGCCCAUCGAUCUGCCGGGUGUCUCAUCGCUCACUAUUUCAGACUGGGUUCGUCUCGAAAUUGAGCCUGUCCAAGUGAGUCAUGACGGCGACACCACGCUGAACUUCGCCACUGUCCAAUCGGUGGUCCCAGGCGCUCACGGACUCUACUAUCGAGAUGAGGGCGAGAGAAAAGCUCUUCUGUAAGUGAAGUGUUGUCCUUGAUAGUGUCAACAGUGAUACUCAUCACAAUAAACGGUUCGAUGCAUUACUAAUUCGUCCUGGGCAGGCGCGUCGCUUUGUUUUCCGUGCGCACUACAACAAUCGAAUCGGGCGCUCGCGUGUUCUGUUCGAUCAAAAACCUCUCUAUCCUUCGCAAACGUGAAAAUCUUUUUCUUUCACCGCCAGGUUGAAAUACGACGUGUCUAAUCGAAUGUGAUAGGUCAAUGUAAACAAUUUUUCCAAAAUUAGUUGGCAACGAUAAUCCCAACCGGUUUCGCGCAUGUACAUGAUUAGUGAUAAAUGACACGGGACUGUCUCGGCUAUCCUUCAAUGUUUAUACUUUUAAGGUUUGACAACAACACCGGAAAAGUGUACCCGCCGCCGAAUGGAUGGGAAUCGGUGCCGAUUUACAUUCACUUGGGUAAUAGAACAGAAUCAUCAAUCUUUUUCCGCACUUGGAUGCGAGAACCAUAAAUUUUGGACAGUGUCUAAUUCAAUUCGUCCCCAUCUUGCAGCACACGGAUCACGCCACGGAACCCACUUCGCCGACUACUCAAAGGCCAACGACGCGUUCGAAAGAAACAUUUCGGCUGUUCAAAAGCUUUUCGGUAAUUGUUUUUGACACAGAUACGUGGCUACAAGGACGCUGCUGAACUCCCGGGGCGCGCGCGACGAGCGGCUGUGUAAACUUGCAAAGUAUCGAGAACGUUUCUCUGUUCGCAUUUGUGACGGACGACUGACAUUUUGACAUUGUGUUGAGAUUACAGCAAGAGAAAUGAUUUUCAGCUGCGGCGGGACUCGGAGGCAAAACGAGCAAGGUGUACGCGACAGGAAAGACUCGUGCUCGAAGCACAUCCAAGAAGAAUCAGCCGAGAAGUCAGUUUGACGCGCAGCCAGAAAACGUGAACAUCAGCGAGGAAAGCGAAGGCAGGGACUCCGAGAAGGAGAAGACCGACAAGCAAGUGGAGAAGCUGAAGAACAGAAAUGACGAACUUAAGAUUAGGUCAGAAUUAUUGGGGUGCAAAUUUUGUCGAAGUUGUUAAGUUUCAGAGUUAAAGAGUACAAAUCGGAUCUCUCAACUGCUCAGCUUAAGAUUAAGAAUCUUGAGAAAGAGCUGGAGGCCGUGAAAUCCUCCUCUUACUUCGAUGAGUCUGGAGAAAAGUUCGUCCGCAUCGACUCCGAGUUGGACGAGAAGAGAUCGCAGGAUCAAGACGAGGAGAUCAAGUAAGAAAUAGCUGAGACUUCCCAACCCGUGCCACCUAAGAAUUUCCAGCAAUCUGCACAACGUGAUCGAGGAGCUGCGCACCAAGCUCGCUUUCGUCGAGAGCGGCAAGAAGGAGCUUGAGAGUAAGUUCUCGGAGAACCAGGAGUACCUGAAGAACGCCAAGGACAAGGUCAGCUAUCUGGAGAAUCAGCUGAACUCGGACGCCCACGAGGAAGUGAAGAGCACUGCCGUCCGUGCUCUCGAGGUCAAGCUCACGCUGGCCAACAACUCGUUCCGCCAGGUGGAGGCCGAGAAGCAGAAGCUGCAGGAGGCCAACUGGUACGCCAACGAACGUCUGAGCAAACUGGAGCAGGAGAACGGAUACUUGAAGGGCAUUACCGAGCAGUUGAAGUAAAAACUUGACCUUUCACUUCAAACGGCAAUACUUUGCUUUCAGGGCUCGCGCGGACACCUCGCAUUCGGAGAAAUUGCUCAAAGAAAGCGAGAAGCGUGUGUGGGAGAUCAACGAGGAGAAGAGCAAGCUCGAGUGGCGACUCGGCGAGCUCUCACAGUGGUGGAACGACGCGAAAUGGAAAAUUGGAGAGCUGGAAUCCUCCGUGGCGCAACAGAGAAAUUUGCUGGACACGGCAAACGUGAAGAUUCAAUGUCUUAACGAUCAGUAAGUGGUUUUGCCCUCGUAAAGCACCAGCACAUGCACAUAAUUCUUUCCAAAUCGCACAUUUGUUCAGGUUAAUACAGGAAGUGAGGUGAGAGGUUCAUGUAGUGUGUCUGUUGAAUGUAGAGGACACUUACCUCUUGUCAGCUGCAAAUGUCGUCUCAAGAUGUGCAUACUAACCAUGACACCCGAGAGUUACUAUCUCACAUUUCGGCUUUCAUUCUUCGGUUUUUGCAUACAAGAACUCAAAAUUUCAUUUUCAGGAGCAACUCCAGCACUUUUUCCAUUCCAACCGACGGAUUCACCAUUAGCCAGAGCAACCAGGGAACUUGGCAACUUGCAAAGUAAGUCAGAACGCAGAUAUUCUCUCAAAUAGUAUUUAUUUUCAGCGGAACUGCUCAGCCCUGCUUCACUGGAGCCAUCCCAUCGAUCCCACUCGUUCCAACUUUCGCCGGAGCCAACCCAUUCCUUUUCGGAGCUUCUAAUGACGGCAGAAAUGUCACCUUGACUAUUGGCGACCAAGAACAAGACGUGUAUUUGACGGUAGCCAGCUUACGGUCCUGUUGUUGACACUUUCACAACGUUUCAGGGCUCGUUCAUCAACUGGAAGUGCACUCUCAAGUGCGAGAAGUUGGUCAGCGGAAAGAAGGGAGUUACUGUUAACCUGACGCGUGGAAGGUAGCGGAACAUUUGAAAAUAUUUUGCUCAAGGUGUUAGUAUUUGCAGACACGAGUUCCGCUUCAUGAUCAACGGCGAGUGGGCGACGUCGAACGACUACCAACAGGUGCCCAACGGCUUGGGCGGACAGAACAACAUCAUUUUCGUCGAAUAA